CUCGUGCCGGCUUCGGUUCAAACGAAGAAGGUCGGCCCGCAGCACGUGGCCGCGCUGUCACAGGAAGGGGUGGCGGGAAGGAGGAGACAGACUUCCAGCUUCGGUCCCUCCAUUUCCUGGACUUCCUUCCACUAGCUCGCCCUGCUCCCGAACACCCGCAGAAUGUACCGGUACCUCGGAAAACUACUGACCCGGGGAGCGAGCGGUCUCCUGGCGCCUGCCGCUGACUCAGCGCUCCCGGUGUCCGCCUCCCUGGUGCGGCACCGUGGCUACAGCCAGGCCGCGGACCGGGACGACGACCCGAACUUUUUCACCAUGGUGGAAGGCUUCUUCGACCGCGGAGCCGCCAUCGUGGAGGACAAGCUGGUGGAGGACCUGAAGACCCGGGAGACCCCCGAGCAGAAGAGGAAGAGGGUCCGGGGGAUCUUGCGGAUCAUCAAGCCGUGUAACCACGUCCUGAGCGUCAGCUUCCCGAUCCGGAGAGACAGCGGGGAGUGGGAGGUGAUAGAGGGAUACCGGGCUCAGCACAGUCAGCACAGAACGCCCUGCAAGGGAGGUAUCCGGUACGGCACCGACGUGUCCGUGGACGAGGUCAAAGCUCUCGCCUCCCUGAUGACGUAUAAAUGUGCCAUCGUUGAUGUUCCGUUUGGUGGAGCCAAAGCUGGAGUAAAGAUCAACACCAAGAACUACACGGACACUGAGCUGGAGAAGAUCACCAGAAGGUUCACCAUCGAGCUCGCCAAGAAAGGAUUCAUCGGACCCGGCAUCGACGUUCCUGCUCCUGACAUGAGCACCGGAGAACGGGAGAUGUCAUGGAUCGCUGACACCUUCGCCACCACCACGGGACACUACGACAUCAACGCUCACGCCUGUGUCACCGGGAAGCCCAUCAGCCAGGGAGGGAUCCAUGGUCGGAUCUCCGCCACCGGCCGAGGGGUUUUCCACGGCAUCGAGAACUUCAUCAAUGAGGCGUCCUACAUGAGCCAGAUCGGGAUGUGUCCUGGCUUUAAGGACAAGACCUUCGUCAUCCAGGGUUUCGGUAAUGUGGGUCUUCACAGCAUGCGAUACCUUCACCGCGCCGGAGCAAAAUGCAUCGGGAUCGCAGAGAUGGACGGCAGCAUCUGGAACCCCAACGGGAUGGACCCCAAAGAGCUGGAGGACCACAAACUGGCCAAUGGAACCAUCGUUGGCUUUCCGGACUCGACUCCGUAUGAAGGGAACAUCCUGGAAGCUGCCUGUGACAUCCUGAUCCCUGCCGCCAGCGAGAAGCAGCUGACGAAGAGCAACGCCCACCGGAUCAAAGCCAAGAUCAUUGCAGAGGGAGCCAACGGUCCGACCACGCCUGAAGCCGACCGGAUCUUCCUGGAGAGGAACAUCCUGGUGAUCCCGGACAUGUAUCUGAACGCCGGUGGUGUCACUGUGUCCUUCUUCGAGUGGCUGAAGAACCUGAACCACGUCAGCUACGGCCGGCUCACCUUUAAAUACGAGCGGGACUCCAACUACCACCUGCUGAUGUCCGUCCAGGAAAGUCUGGAGAGGAAGUUUGGAAAACAUGGCGGCUCCAUUCCCAUCGUUCCCACCUCAGAGUUCCAGGCUGGGAUCGCUGGAGCAUCUGAGAAGGAUAUCGUCCACUCGGGUCUGGCCUUCACCAUGGAGCGUUCUGCCCGGCAAAUCCUGCGAACGGCCAACAGAUACAACCUGGGUCUGGACCUGCGGACGGCCGCGUACGUCAACGCCAUCGAGAAGAUCUUCAAGGUUUACAGCGACUCUGGUCUCAUCUUCACAUAAGCUCCUGAUGUUCCUGCCUGAAGCCUCUCAGCCUCAGAACUUCUGAUCCUGCCUUCAUCAGAACUCCUGCUGCUUCGCUCCUCCUCCUCUUCCUCACAGCUGAUUGGUACCAAGCAGAAUCUUCAGAGCAGCCGAAGCUCCUCAGCUGCUGCUUUCUGCACACAGAGGCCUUUAAAUGAAACUCCAAGUGAGGCCAAAAUCAUGUGGACCGGGUCCAUCGGAACCAGGUUUCUGUCCUAGAGCAGCUUAGAUCACUUCUCCUUUGUUCAAGCAACCGACCUCUGGGAACGCUUUGGGUUCCUGGGAAUAGUACCGGUUCCAGAUGGUUUCGUUUUCCAUGUUCUGAUUUAUUCUGAUGAUGAUGAACUGAACAUGCAUCAGAACUUUAAACCUAGUGAUUAACCUGCUGAACAUGAUGAAGAAUCUAAAAGCUGCCGGAUGAGUUGCAGCUCUGACCCGUUUCCAAAAUAAAUGGGACGGAAACACAGACUGGUCCUACUGGAGGUCCACAUGGUUCUGGUCACAUGUUUACAUGGAGCCCAUUUCAAUUUCUGUUGCUUUAAUAAACUUCAUGUGCCUGAAAAACAGAGACCCGUUUAAAGGGGGUCCGCUGCUUAUGGUUCUGAUGACGGAGCAAAAACUGAUCGUCCAUCGGUUCCUUUUAUCCUGCAGCUGUGGUGUCACACCUUAGGACCGGUUCUGCUAGGGAUAGAAGGUUAAAUUACAGCUUCAUCUGUAUGGUUCUGAUUAUUAUAACAAACAUUUUGAGGCUGGAAGUCCAAAAACUCCUAAAUGUUCCGUUAAAAUCCCAACCAGAAUACAGAUGAUGCCCACUUUGGAUCUCCAACAGUUCUCCCUGCAGUCGGGAACAUUUUGGACCUUCCUGUCCGUGAAAUUGAUCAUACUACUAACAUGUAGACAAUAUGUUCAUGAAAAGCACUUUGACACGUUGAUGGAACCAAAGAUCAAGCAGAAAAAAGCCCGUUUUCCUACAUGUAGAAAUCAGAACAUUUCAUAUAAACCAGAACCUGAUGUACUAAAAUCAUCUAAAAACAGGUUCAUGUUUGAGGUUUUUACCAAGUUCCAGAACAAUGUUAAAAAUUAUAAUGAAAAAUGCAAAACUUAAAAACACCAACGAUAACUUGCAUUCUUAAUAGAAAUAAAUGUAUAAAAUAUUGUUUAUUGUAAAUAAAUAAGUCAGGAAGUAAAUGAAUGUAAAUUAUGAAAUAUAAAAUUCCUUUAAAACUGAGUUUCUGUUCAUCUAGAUUUGAUAUUUUAGUUCAUUUUUUUUUUUUUUGGGUUCAUAAUUCUGGCAAACAUUGUUUUAAUUAAAAGAUGCUUUAAUAAUUGAAAUAAGACCCGCUGACCUGCUGCUGUUUUUCCAGCAGAUAAACUGAACCUUUCAAACAGUUAAAGACAAUAUUCUGAAUGAAUUCAUCUGCCGUUAAUUAAACUAUAAAAUCCUCCAGUUUCCUACCUUCUGUGGACAGAAAGUGAACAGUUCAUUUCUCUGAUAUGGAUUCAUUUCCUGAUUCUGAACGUUCAGAGUUUCUCUGUAAUAAUCUAUGCAAACACAGGGGGCGCUGCUGCUGUCUGAGGGUCAGAGCGCCCCCUGUCGCCGGCUGGGGGGUAUUUUAUUUUUGCUUUGAUUGAAGCUGCUUUCAUUUUGUCUUCAAGUUUUUGGCUUCUUGAUCAAACAGGAAGUUAAAGUGAAAUAAAGGCCAAAGAAAGUC